AUGUGUUCUCCAAGUAUUCAAAAGGAUAUUGUUGAUUCUUGUGCUAAGAAAACAAUCAAAUCUAUUCUUGAAGAUUUAGAUGGGGAUUAUUUUGGGAUACUAGUCGAUGAAUCAAAGGAUGUAUCACACAAGGAGCAAAUGGCACUUGUUUUGAGAUAUGUUAACAAAGAAGGAGAAGUGAUAGAGCGAUUUGUUGAUCACUCAUUAAGUCCAUCCCAAAUACGUGGAAAAGUUUAUGAUGGAGCUAGCAUUAUGAAAGGACAUCUAAAUGGUCUUAAAACUUUGAUUUUGAAUAAGACUCCAUCGGCAUAUUGCAUUCAUUGUUUUGCCCAUCAAUUGAAGUUAACACUAGUAGUGGCUUUUGCAAAGAAGGAUUCAAAUGUAGAUGAUUUUUUUUGCUUAGUUACUAAUGUGUUAAAUAUUGUUGGAGCAUCUUUUAAGCGCAGGGAUUUACUUCGGAAACACCAAGCUGAACAGUUAGAGGAGUUGCUCAUAUCAGGGGAAGUGCAUACUGGGCGACGAUUAAAUCAAGAACGUGGGCUUCAGCGACCAGGUGAUACUCGUUGGGGUUCUCAUUAUAGAACAUUAGAUAAUCUUAUUGUUCUAUUUCCAUCAGUUAUUCAUGUGCUUGAAUUUACUAGAUGCGAGUGUCCAAACUAUACUGAUAGACUUCUUGCUAAAACUCUUGUGGAUACGAUUAAGAAAUUUGAUUUUGCCUUUAUGCUGCACUUGAUAUAG